AUGAAACGAUGCAAAUCAAGCUCUAAUUAUUUAUCUCCUUUCAAAAAAUCUGAUAUCCUAUUCAGAUUUUAGCAACCGUUUGCUAAUUUUGUAAAUGCAACUCCGGCAGGCUCUCGUUCAUCAACUCCUAUUAAAAAAAAAAUAGAUUUUUACAAUUUUAAGUAAAUUAUUCAUGUAAAAGAUGAGUUGCAAGAAAAGCACCAAACAGAUUCAAUUGCAGACAAUGUUACAACUAAUUUUGCAACUCCAAGGGAUAACCACAGUUUAUUAGCAUCCAAUAAGAGAUCACAGUCUGUAAGUAAGGUCAACAAAACGCAAAUAUUUUAGUUUCUUAGUCCUUAAACUUCGAGAACUACCUCUCCUUCAAAAAAUAUAAAAUCAGAAAGUUUGUUUCAAAUGAAAACAGAUUUAAUGAAAAAAACUAAGAAAUUGAAGCAAGACAUUCACAUAUACAAUUUUCUCAAAAAGGAUGAAAAUAUGACACUUAAAAACAUAAAAAACACUCAGGAUCCUCUUGUUAAAACGUAUCAAGCAGAAAAUCAUGAUAAAUAAGAUCUUAUUUAGAAUCUAAAAGAUAAAGAAAAGCAAUUCAAUAGGCAAAAAAUGUUCCUUAUUGAUAAAAUAUAGCAAAAGAGACUCAAAAACGAAAGAGAAGAAAGAGAAAAAUUAUAUAUUUAAAUGGCAAAAUAAUAGUUGAUCAAAAACUAUGAAGAACUUUAAAAAGACAAAAUUCUGGCUGAUUAAAUCAUAACUAAUUCCUUUAGAAAAUUUACAGGAUCUGUUAAUCUUUAUAAUCUUUACUUCACACCCGCUUUAGAUGAGCCUGAAGGAUUCCGCAAUAAAAAAUCUAUGAAAGUAUAAACUUGUUUAUUACUUCCUCAAAAGCUAAAUAAUUUGCAGGAAAGUACAACUUCACCUAACACUGCUCUCAGUAGAAAAAACUCUAGUCAUAACAAUAAUUCUCUUCCAAACAACUCAGAAAUUUUGCUACUUAAAAAACACUCUUCAAUUUAUAAAUAAGAUAGACAUUCUAACCCUCCAUCAACUAGGUCUUAAAAUACUUCAAAUAUAGCAACCAUAAAAAGAUAGUCAUCGAAAAAUGCUGAAAUUUCUACACAAUCUCCUACAAAAAAGAAUUUCUCUCAAAUUUAGCAAGCUCAAUUAAUUUAAAAUGCAAUAGACUCACUACAAAGAAUAAAAAAUACUACAUAAGAAAACAAUAUAUUUUCUAAUAAUUAAACAGAGAGGAACCAUCACAAUGUAAAAGGUGUUCUGAAAUAAAAAUAUUCUGACUUAGGUAUUCAAUUUAAAAGAAUGGAUUAACACACCAACUUCUAAGACAAAAAAGGCGAUGAUAAAAUACCUCAAUCAACAAUCAAACUAAAUAUAUAACAAACAAAAUAAUAUACUCUAUAAAAUCUUCAACCUAAAGAAUAAAACUUCUUUUAAAAUAUUAUUUAAAAUAAUCAGUAAAGUUAAUAAAUUAGUUUCAAUUAAUAAUAAAACACCCAAUAAUAUUAAGUUCCACCUAUUUUAUAACUUCAAUUAUAAGAAUAAGCAAAUAGCAUAAUAGAUAAAAGUGAUUCUGUUAUAUAAAAGUCACCUAAUUUAUCUAUAAAAAAAGAAAGGAAUUCAUUUAGUAAAUCUUAACAAUAAAAACAAAGAAAAAUACAAUUAAUUUAGAAUGAUGAAAACUUAAGAAUUGAUCCUAUUGAUAAACUAGAUGCAAUGAGUGAAAACUUUACUACUAAAUUGCUUCAGCUAAAAGAAUACGAGAUAGAUGAAGAUUUCUUUUCACCAGUUCAUGAUAAAUACAAACUAUAAAUUUCUCAAAUACAAAGCCCUAAAGCAAAAGACCAAGAUAAAUAUUUCGUUAAUAUAAGGCAUAAUAAAAUGAAAGAAGUAGCUGAAGACCUUGAAGCUAAUCCUGAACUAAUUUUUUCAGUAGAUAAUUAUCUUUAUACAGGACUACAUUGGGCUGUAAAAAGGAACUACGAAGACCUCGCUAAAUUUUUAGUAUCAAAAGGGUCAAAUUUAUUUUCUAAAGAUUACAAAAACAGGACACCAUAUGAAUUGGCUGUAGAGUUAGGCUAUUUUAACAUAACAAAAAUAAUAAACUAAUGA